UCACUUUACUGUUGCGUGUGCAUUAACGUGUGUUUUUGGCCUUUAAUUUAACAAAUUAUAUUGCAAAUAUUUAAUAAUCAAAAAACGCGCGCUUGUGUACAUUUAUGUGUGUGUGUGUGUGUGUGUACACAAUUGAUAAGAUAGUCACAAUAAGCAGAAGUAGAUUGCAGAAAAUGCUCGUCAUGAACACUAUUAGAAAUUCGGCUUUGCGCUCUGGCUGGUUGCUCAACAGUUUAAGAAAGCAAUCUCCAAGCAUCACGACGCGUACUUUCUCGCUAGGCCUAAGGCUUGGGCAGCAGCAAGAUACCGUGAACGUGACCUUUGUCAGAGCCAAUGGCCAGAAAAUUAAAGCCACUGGCAAAGUGGGCGACUCCCUGCUCGAUGUGGUCGUUAACAGCAAUGUUGACCUUGACGGAUUUGGCGCGUGCGAGGGCACCCUGACGUGCUCCACGUGCCAUCUAAUCUUCAAAACAAACGACUACGAAAAGCUGCCCGACAAGCCGGGUGAUGAGGAGCUGGACAUGCUGGAUUUGGCAUACGAAUUAACGGAUACGUCGCGCCUCGGCUGCCAAAUAACCCUUACCAAAGAUAUGGACGGUCUGGAGGUGCAGGUGCCAACCACAAUAAACGAUGCUCGAGCAGCGUAGUUGCUGUUGGCUGAGACCGCUUUUUGAGCUCUAUGUUAUUAGUAUAUUAGUUAAUGGAUGAACAAUUUUACAAAACAAACUGUUUGUAUCGCAAACUCAGGCUCUCGUUAAUUAUGUUUGUAAUUAAUUAAUUUGUCUGUAGGCCAGUGUAGAACUUUUUAAGCUCAAAGGGAGGAACGAUGUGUUCGUAAAUAAAAUUUACAAUUUAUUUUCGUAA